GUCCCAGCCCCAUUUAACUUCUCGGCGGCGGCGGCGACUGCGGCGCUGCGGGCUGGAGGCCAGCGUCGGGGAAGUCCCGGUCCCGGAUUCCGCACGAAGUGUUGACUGGGCCGCUUCUGUCCGCCUCUCCUCCGCGCGCGCCGAGCCCGCGCGGCCCGGGCUGCACGUCCCAGACGCUUCUGCGGCGCCAGGCUGCAAGUGAGACCCCCAGGAGACCGGACCCCAUGGCUUCCUGGAAGAGCCCCUGGUGGCUGCUGAUAUGGAUGGUCUUCAUGCACUCUGCCCUCCUGCAGACCACAGCAGAGAAGUCUCCUGGGGCCUAUUUCCUUCCUGAGUUUGCACUCUCCCCUCAGGGAAGUUUUCUGGAAGAUACAACAGGGGAGCAGUUCCUGACGUAUCGCUAUGACGACCAGACUUCAAGAAACACUCGUUCGGAUGAAGAUAAAGGUAGCAACUGGGAUGCCUGGGGUGAGUGGAGUGACUGCUCCCGGACCUGUGGGGGAGGAGCGUCCUAUUCUCUGCGGAGAUGUUUGACUGGCAGGAAUUGUGAAGGGCAGAAUAUUCGAUACAAGACAUGCAGCAAUCAUGACUGCCCUCCAGAUGCGGAGGACUUCAGAGCCCAGCAGUGUUCAGCCUACAAUGAUGUUCAGUAUCAGGGGCGUUAUUAUGAGUGGCUUCCAGAGUACAACGAUCAUGCUGCCCCCUGCGCACUCAAGUGUCACGCACAGGGACAGAACUUGGUAGUGGAGCUGGCACCCAAGGUCUUAGAUGGAACUCGUUGCAAUGCUGACUCCUUGGACAUGUGUAUCAGUGGCAUCUGUCAGGCAGUGGGCUGCGACCGGCAACUGGGGAGCAACGCCAAGGAAGACAACUGUGGCGUCUGUGCUGGUGACGGCGCCACCUGCAGGCUGGUGCGGGGACAAUCAAAGUCACAAGUUUCUCCUGAAAAAAGGGAAGAAAAUGUAAUUGCUGUUCCUUUGGGAAGUCGAAGUGUGAGAAUUACAGUGAAAGGACCUGCACAUCUCUUCAUUGAAUCAAAAACACUUCAAGGAAGCAAAGGAGAGCACAGCUUUAACAGCCCUGGAGUUUUUGUUGUAGAAAACACAACAGUUGAAUUUCAGAGGGGCUCCGAGAGGCAAGCCUUUAAGAUUCCAGGACCUCUGAUGGCUGAUUUCAUCUUCAAGACCAGGUACACUGCAGCCAAGGACAGCGUGGUCCAGUUCUUCUUUUACCAGCCAAUCAGUCAUCAGUGGAGACAAACUGACUUCUUUCCCUGCACUGUGACAUGUGGAGGAGGGUAUCAGCUCAAUUCUGCUGAGUGUGUGGAUAUCCGGUUGAAGAGGGUGGUUCCUGACCAUUAUUGCCAUUACUACCCUGAGAAUGUGAAGCCAAAACCAAAACUGAAGGAAUGCAGCAUGGAUCCUUGCCCAUCAAGUGAUGGAUUUAAAGAGAUCAUGCCCUAUGACCACUUCCAACCUCUCCCUCGCUGGGAACAUAAUCCUUGGACUGCGUGUUCGGUGUCCUGUGGAGGUGGGAUUCAAAGGCGGAGCUUCGUGUGUGUGGAGGAGUCCAUGCAUGGAGAGAUACUGCAAGUGGAAGAAUGGAAGUGCAUGUAUGCGCCUAAACCCAAGGUUAUGCAAACCUGCAAUCUGUUCGACUGUCCCAAGUGGAUUGCCAUGGAGUGGUCUCAGUGCACAGUGACUUGUGGCCGGGGGUUACGUUACCGGGUUGUUCUGUGUAUCAACCAUCGUGGACAGCACGUUGGUGGCUGUAAUCCACAACUGAAGUUACACAUCAAAGAAGAAUGUAUCAUUCCCAUCCCGUGUUACAAACCCAAAGAAAAAAGUCCAGUGGAAGCAAAAUUACCUUGGCUGAAACAAGCACAAGAACUAGAAGAGACCAGAAUAGCAACCGAAGAACCAACGUUCAUUCCGGAGCCCUGGUCCGCCUGCAGCACCACAUGUGGGCCAGGCGUUCAGGUGCGAGAGGUGAAGUGCCGCGUGCUCCUGACGUUCACACAGACAGAGACCGAGCUACCCGAGGAAGAGUGUGAAGGCCCCCGGCUGCCCACCGAGCGGCCCUGCCACCUGGAAGCCUGUGAUGAGAGCCCCACCCCCCGUGAGCUGGCCGCCUCCCAGCAGGAGCAGGACAGUGAGAUGACUUACGACUGGGAGUAUGCUGGGUUCACCCCUUGCACCGCCACGUGUUUGGGAGGCCAUCAAGAAGCCAUUGCAGUGUGCUUACACAUCCAGACCCAGCAGACAGUCAACGACUCCUUGUGUGAUAUGGUCCACCGUCCUCCAGCAAUGAGCCAGGCUUGUAACAUGGAACCCUGCCCACCCAGGUGGCACACGGGCUCUUGGGGACCCUGCUCAGCUACCUGUGGUGUUGGAAUCCAGACCCGAGAAGUGUACUGCCUGCACCCUGGGGAAUCCCCCUCCCCUCCUGAGGAAUGCCAAGAUGAGAAGCCCCAUGCCUUACAAGCAUGCAAUCAGUUUGACUGCCCUCCUAGCUGGCAUAUUGAAGAAUGGCAGCAGUGUUCCAGGACCUGUGGUGGGGGAACUCAGAAUCGCAGGAUCACCUGUCAGCAGCUGUUAACGGAUGGCAGCUUUCUGAGUCUCUCAGAUGAAUUGUGUCAAGGACCCAAGGCAUCUUCUCAUAAGUCCUGUGCCAGAACAGACUGUCCUCCGCAUCUAACUGUGGGAGACUGGUCAAAGUGUUCUGUCAGUUGUGGUGUUGGAACCCAGCGGAGACAGCAGGUAUGCCAAAGGCUGACGGCCAGAGGCCGGCGUGUCCCCCUCAGUGAGACCGUGUGCAGGCAUCUUCCUGGGCCCCCUCUUGCGAGAUCUUGCCGAAUGCCUGUGUGCAGGAAAAUGCAACCAGAGGUGAAGACCAACCUUGGCAAGCAGGGUCCUCAGAUCCUUGGUGUCCAGAGAGUCUACAUUCAGACAAGGGAAGAGAAGCGCCUUAACCUGACCAUCGGGAGCAGAGCCUAUUUGCUGCCCAACACAUCUGUGAUUAUUAAAUGCCCAGUGCGACGAUUCCAGAAAUCUCUGAUCCAGUGGGAGAAGGAUGGCCAUUGUCUGCAGAACUCCAAACGACUCGGCAUCACCAAGUCAGGCUCACUAAAAAUCCACAGCCUUGCAGCCCCCGACAUCGGCAUGUACCGGUGCAUUGCAGGCUCUGCCCAGGAGACAGUGGUGCUCAAGCUCAUUGGCACUGACAACCGACUCAUUGCACCCCCAGCCCUCAGAGGGCACACAGGGGAAUAUCCUGGGAUGGACCACAACGAAGCCAAUAAUUUGGGAGCCACAUGGCAUAAGAUGAGGCAGAAGUGGAGUAAUAAAAAUGAGCUUUAUUUGGACGAUGGCCAAAUUCAUCACCAGCCUCUCUUAAGAGCUCUGUUGGGCCACUGCAGCCAUUCUGCAGGAAACACCAACUCCUGGGAGUUUGAGAAAAAGCAGUUUGAAUCUGCAGUUAAACAGGGAGCCUACAGCACGGAUACCGCCCAGUUUGAUGAACUGAUAAGGAACAUGAGUCAGCUCAUGGAGACCGGAGAGGUCAGUGAUGACCUUGCGUCCCAGGUGAUAUAUCAGCUGGUGGCCGAGUUAGCGAAGGUGCAGUCCGCACACGUGCAGUGGAGGGGCAUCCUGGGAGAGGCGCCUCCCGCGGCUCACCCGGGAAGUGUGCCCCAAAGCUCAAAUUCGAAAAACUCAGGCAAGCUGACAUUCAAGCCAAAGGGGCCUGUUCUCUUGAGGCAAAGCCAGCCCACCUCGAUUUCUCUUAAUAAAACAGUAAAUUCAAGGAUUGGAAAUACAGUCUACAUUACAAGAAGGACGGAGGUCAUCAAUAUACUGUGUGAGCUUGUUACCCCCGGUGAGGCCACAUAUACAUGGACCAAGGAUGGAGCAUUGUUACGACCCUCCGAAAAAGUCAUUGUGGAUGGAAUGGGGAAAAUGCAGAUACAGAAACCUACAAAGAAAGAACAGGGAAUAUACGGAUGUUCUGUCGCUAAUCAUCUGGGUUCGGAUGUGGAAAGUUCUUCUGUGCUGUAUGCAGAGGCACCUGUCAUCUUGGCUAUUGGAAGAAAUAUCACCAGACCGGAGCACAGCCAUCUCUCCGUCGUGAUUGGAGGCAUCGUGGAAGCACCCCAGCGAGCAAACGUGACCAUCCAAUGUCCUGUAAAAGGUGUCCCUCAACCUAAUGUAACUUGGUUGAAGAAAGGAGGAUCUCUGAGUGACAAUAUUUCCCUGCUUUUCAAUGGAUCCCUGUUGUUGCAGAAUGUUUCCCUUGAAAGUGAAGGAACCUAUGUCUGUACAGCCACCAAUGCUCUUGGAAAGGCGAUGGCAACAUCCAUCCUCCACUUGCUGGAGACUUUCUGGGAGCUUGGUAGCUGGACACAUUGUUCUGCCACUUGCGGCCACUUGGGAGCCCGAGUUCAGAGACCCCAGUGCGUAAUGGCCAACGGGCAGGAAGUGAGUGAGGCCUUCUGUGAGCACCUCCAGAAGCCGAUGGCUGGGUUCCAGCCCUGUAACAGGGACUGUCCCUCGAGGUGUGUGUAGUCACUCUUCUUAUCUCAUCGGUACCAGGUUUUGGCUUGUUUUAAAACGCACAGUCAUUUGGAUUUAAUAACUCAACCAGGAAGAUUUGUUUAGAGUGUACCGUACCAGGCACUCUGCUAAGUGCUUUAUGUGGAUCACUUCACAGUCACCUAUGAGGUCGAUGUCGUUCAUUUUCUAUCUUACAGUUGGGACAACUCCCCUAGGCCUCAGAGUUACAAGGGCCAGAAUUCAAAUUGAGAUAGUCUAAUUUCACAGCUUGUGCUCUUAAUUGCUACCCAAAUCUGUUUCUUGUACUCACAGUGUACCUUAAGAGCACAGUGACGCUCAUUUCAUGGGUUUACCCUGCAGAUAAGGCAGUGGGCCAGAUCACGAGAGGCACUAGUUAAAAGCACAGUUCCUUAGACUCUACCCCCAGGGGUAAAACCAUUACUAACCUUUCUGUGUCACAGACAACACAAAUCAAUGGUUUUAAAAAUGUCCAAAGUCAAACUCAUGAUCUCCACCAAAUCUGAUCCGUCCCCAGUGUUCCAGAUCACAUUGACAACAUCCUAAACUCUCCCUUUCCUCUCACUUCCAUCCGUUCUUGUCAAUUUCCCACUGUUACCAGUGGAGUCCAAGACAUCAUCCAUCAUUCCUCACUAGGACCACUCCAGGAGCCUCCUGAGUUUUGUCUCCUCUCUAGAGUGCCUUGUCCACUCUAUAAGCAGAACCAUCUUUGAAAACACAAACUCAUGGGACUUCCUGGCAGUCCAGUGGUUAAGACUUUGCCUUCCAAUGUAGGGGGUGUGGGUUCGACCCCUGGUCGGGGAACUAAGGUCCCACAUGCCUCGCGGCCAAGAAACCAAAACAUAAAACUGAAGCAAUAUUGUAACAGAUUCAAUAAAGACUUUAAAAAUGGUUCACGUUAAAAAAAAAA